CUAUUUUGCUCUCCCUUUCGCUUCUGUCCGGCAUCCGGAGGAGAAGAAGAAAAAGGUUACUGAAAUCAUUAGAGAAGCACUAGCAUGGCGAACUGGGCUUUGUACAUUAUGCUGCUACUGGCCGCGGCGCUCGCCGGUGGAGAAGGCCGUGGCGCGGCUGCGGAAUCUACCGUGCCGUCGACGCUUGAUGGGCCGUUCGCGCCGGUGACGGUGAGGCUUGACGACAAGAGUUUUCGGGGUAACGCCGUCGACCUGCCGGAUAACGAUCCUCGGGUGGUGAGGCGGGUGAGGGGUUUUGAGCCGGAGCAGAUCUCUGUAUCCCUCUCCACUACCGCCGAUUCUGUCUGGAUUUCUUGGGUCACAGGUGAUUUCCAAAUUGGUGGUGAUAUUCAACCUUUGGAUCCUGCAAAUGUUGCAAGCAUUGUUCGUUAUGGAAGAUUGCAUAAUCAUUUGGCUUUGAAAGCUAAAGGCUAUUCGCUUGUUUAUAGUCAGAUUUAUCCAUUCAAAAGCAUGCAGAACUACACGUCUGGAAUAAUACACCAUGUUCGCCUUACAGGACUUAAACCAGGCACCCGUUAUUUCUAUCGGUGUGGAGAUCCUUCUAUACCAGCAAUGAGUUCCACGCAUAAGUUCAGAACAAUGCCCAUUUCAGGUCCUAAGAGCUAUCCAAAAAGAAUUGCAGUUGUUGGUGAUCUUGGUCUUACUUAUAAUACCACUUCAACUGUUGAUCAUAUGAGAAGUAACAAUCCUGAUCUGAUCUUAUUGUUGGGAGAUGUUACUUAUGCAAACUUGUAUUUAACAAAUGGAACCGGUUCAAAUUGCUACUCUUGCGCAUUUCCAAAUACCCCGAUACAUGAGAGCUACCAACCACGUUGGGACUUCUGGGCAAGGUUCAUGGAGCCUAUAGUGUCAGAAAUUCCAAUAAUGGUGGUAGAAGGAAACCAUGAGGAGGAAGAACAGCUGGAUGGCAAGACUUUUGAAGCAUAUAGUUCAAGAUUUGCAUUCCCCACUAAAGAAAGUGGUUCAGAAUCCACGUUUUACUACUCCUUUAAAGCUGGAGGAAUACAUUUUGUCAUGCUUGGUGCAUACGUUUCCUACAAUAAGUCGGGAGAGCAGUAUGCGUGGCUGCAAAGGGAAUUGUCUUCUGUAGAUAGAAGAGUUACUCCUUGGUUGAUUGCCACGUGGCAUGCUCCGUGGUAUAGUACGUAUAAAGCACAUUAUAGGGAGGUGGAGUGCAUGAGGGUGGAAAUGGAAGAACUACUAUACUCAUAUGGUGUUGACAUUGUCUUCAAUGGCCAUGUUCAUGCAUACGAGAGAUCAAAUCGGGUUUAUAACUAUGCUCUGGAACCUUGCGCUCCCAUUCAUAUUAUGGUUGGAGAUGGGGGAAACCGGGAAAAGAUGGCGGUGGCUCAUGCGGAUGACCCUGGCGACUGCCCUGAUCCAGCAACAACACCUGAUGAUAUUGGUGGGUUCUGCGCCUUCAACUUCACGAGCGGACCGGCCGAGGGCAAGUUUUGCUGGGACCGUCAACCUGAUUACAGUGCUUACAGAGAAAGUAGCUUCGGCCAUGGAAUUUUAGAGGUGAAAAAUGAGACUUGUGCACUUUGGACAUGGCACCGGAACCAGGAUUCAUAUAAUAGCACAGGUGAUCAGAUCUAUAUAGUCAGGCAGCCACACAAGUGCUCCAUCCUGCCCAAAUCAGCAACCAAAAUCAAUCUCUUUUAGACGAAAAUUCCUUCAGAUUUCUCCCACUUGUAUUUUAACAUGCAUUUAAAGGCUUAGAAGGUCUCCACGAAAGCAGCACCAAGUUAAUGUUAUGGAAGACAGUUUGGAGUCCUGAUUUAAAUUAUAUAGCACAGUCCAAUAAAUUAAGCAAGAUGAAAAUUGUUAGGUUUUUCACCACAUAGAAGAGGACUAGUCGUUUUCUGUACAUUGAUGUUUUGUAUUAAGGAAUUGGGCUAUUGAAGAAAUUGAUUUUGGUUAGAACUUUGAUGUACACUGAAGAAAAUAAGGUGGAUUGCUUAGUUUUGAGAAGGUUUCA